AUGUUUGCGACUCCACUGCGGCAGGUCAGGAGCCAGAAAGGGGCAGAGCUGGAGCAAUCGCAAAGAUACAAGAUACUCAACAAGGGCUACGGCAAGGAUGCGGUCAGGUUGAUGUAUGUCAAUCGGAGCGGUUCGGUGCACAGCAUUCAGGAAUUCGAGCUGAGCACGCACCUGAAGCUGAGCAGCAGCAAGGACUAUCUGCAGGCGAACAAUGCGGAUAUUAUUGACACCGAUGCGCAAAAGAAUCUCGUUUUCAUUCUGGCCAAGCAGCAUGGCAUCGAGGGUCCCGAAAAGUUUGCCCUGCUCGUGGCCAGGUAUUUUCUAAGCAAAUAUUCGCACGUGGAGGAGGUUCAUAUGCACAUGGAGACAUAUCCCUGGCAACGCAUACGCACGACGGACGACUCCAAGCUGGGCGAGAACAAAUCUUGUCUCCGUACAGGAGACAGUUCCCAGCUGCACAAUCACGCCUUCAUCUUUCAGUCCGAGGCGCAGCAUUUUUGCGACGUCAUCCUCACGCGUCAGGAUUCCAAGCCGACAGUCUUCACGGGCAUCAAGGGACUGCGCCUCCUGAAGACCACGAAAUCAUCAUUUGUGAAUUUUGUGGACGACGAAUACCGCACGCUUCCGGAUUUGCCGGAUCGCACGCUCUGCACCGUUGUGGACAGCUCCUGGGAAUACUCGGACUUUGAGACUGUUGACUUUUCGCGCACCUGGCAGACUGUCAAGGAUGUUGUGCUCAAGAACUUUGCCGGCGAUCCAAAGGAGGGCAUCGCCUCGACCUCGCUGCAGAACACAAUGUAUCUCAGCGGGCAGCAGGUGCUCGAUCUGGUGCCACAGGUGUCUCACAUCUCAAUCACGAUGCUCAAUUUGCACUACGCGAAAUUCAAUACGAAACCCUUUCAAAAAUUGGUGCCAGGAGAAAAUAACGAGGUGCUCGAACCGGUCGAUAAGCCAUUUAGCACCGUCUAUGUGCAGCUCUCACGUUAG